AUGGCAAGAACUCGUCGAGCACUGUUACGUACCGAGGCAGAAAUCACCCGCGACGCCAUAGCUGAGCUUCAAGCCCAGAUGGCUACAAUCACCUCCACCCUCCAAACCCUUAAUGUUCAACGACCAUCACCACCCCCAGCUCGCGUUGAACCUAAUGAUACCGAUUCGGAAGAUGAAAACGAAGAAGAUGAUCCGAUAGCAGAAGCAGUUGAUGACAAUCCCUUUGCUCCUCUUUGCAUCAACCAAGAUAUAGCUCAAGACAACGCUCCAGUCGCAGCAGCAGAUACUCAAUGGACGACGGGAUUCAAAACCGAGAUACCAGAGUUCCAUGGAAAUACAUCAGACGAAGAACUACUUGACUGGAUAGUUAUGGUUGAGGAAAUUCUUGAGUUUAAAAGAGCCCCAUUGGAGCGAUGUGUUCCUCUUCUGACUAUGCGUUUUCGUGGACGUGCCGCGGCCUGGUGGACACAAUUGAAAACAGCUCGAGCUCGGCUCGGAAAACCUAAAAUCACGUCUUGGGAUAAGCUUAAGUCGAAACUCAAGAAAACAUUAUUGCCUUACAAUUACGACCAGCUCAUGUUCCAACGCCUCCACACCAUCCGACAAGGAACACGUUUUGUAGCUGAAUACUCUACGGAAUUCUUCUUACUUCUCACCCGCGUCGACAUUCAAGACUCGGAGCGACAGCUAGUUGCACGCUUCACGGCAGGACUCCGUCAACAGCUUCAACAUACUAUCACCCUCUUUCAUCCUCUCACAUUGUCUGAAGCUCAUCAACAAGCUCUCACUAUCGAAGCUCAGACUAAAUCAUCACCAUUCACGCAUUGGACAGUUCCGCGUUCUUCUCGACCAGCACAACUUCCAACAACACAGGUUGUAACAGAGGACACUGCUCAAACUAAACCAGAGACUGCCAUUGUUCCCUACAAUGACAAUCGUGGCAAUCGUCCUACUUCCCUACGUUGCUUCUCUUGCGGUGAAAUCGGUCAUCGACAGUCCAAUUGCCCUACCCGUAAUAGACGCGGUCUCCUUUUGGACACUGUAGGGAACGAUGUCGAAGUCAUCUACGAUGAGGAAACCAAUGAUAUCACAGAGGAACCAGAAGUCCUUACCGCAGAUACUGGACCUGCUUUAAUGAUCCGUCGUGUGUGUCGAGCUCCCCGUGGAGCCGAUGUCAACCCACAACGACAUAAUCUGUUUCAUUCAAAGUGUACUAUUGGCGGCAAAGUCUGCACGUUCAUCAUAGACUCGGGCAGUAGUGAAAACGUUAUUGCAGAGGAAGUUGUGAACAAACUUCAUUUAGCCACUGAACUACAUUUAUAUCCUUAUAAGUUAGCAUGGCUGGAUCAGAAGACAGACUUACUCAUCACUCGACACGCUUUAAUUUCUUUUUCAGUUGGUGAUGCAUAUAAGGAUCAAAUUCAUUGUGAUGUUGCUCCUAUGGAUGCUUGCCAUUUCCUCUUGGGCCGUCCGUGGAUCUUUGAUCGAAGAAUUCAGCAUGACGGCUUUCUCAACACUUAUACGUUCCGUCUUAACAACCGUACUUAUACACUACAACCUAAUGAGCCCGAAGGUUCAGCUAAAAAGUCUUCACCGGUUCUCAUUCUCCAACGCAAACCAUUUGAAGCAGCUAUGCGGGAAUAA